AUGAAAGUCUUCAAUAUUCCAAAUAACUCCAGCACCAUCACUGGCUUCAUCCUCCUGGGAUUUCCUUGCCCCAGGGAGGGCCAGAUCCUCCUCUUUGUGCUCUUCUCUGUUGUCUACUUUCUGACUCUCAUGGGGAAUGGUUCUAUCAUCUGUGCAGUUUGCUGGGAUCAGAGACUCCACACCCCCAUGUACAUCCUAUUAGCCAACUUCUCCUUCCUAGAGAUCUGGUAUGUCACCUCUACAGUCCCCAACAUGUUGGCCAACUUCCUUUCUGAGACAAAAGUCAUCUCUUUUUCUGGGUGCUUCCUGCAGUUCUAUUUCUUCUUCUCCUUGGGUUCUACAGAAUGCUUUUUCUUGGCAGUUAUGGCAUUUGAUAGAUACCUUGCAAUUUGCCGGCCUCUCCACUACCCAACCAUUAUGACUGGACGUCUCUGCACGAAUCUUAUUAUCAAUUGCUGGGUAUUUGGUUUCCUCUGGUUCUUGAUUCCUAUAAUCAUCAUUUCCCAGAUGUCCUUCUGUGGAUCCAGGAUUAUUGACCACUUCUUAUGUGACCCAGGUCCUCUCCUAGCACUCAUGUGCAAAAGAGCUCCUGUAAUUGAGCUUGUCUUCUCCUCUUUAAGCCCUCUGCCUCUCGUUAUACCCUUCCUCUUCAUUAUGGGAUCCUACACUCUAGUCCUAAGAGCCGUCCUAAAAGUCCCUUCAGCAGCUGGCCGAAAAAAAGCCUUCUCCACUUGUGGGUCUCAUCUGGCUGUGGUUUCACUUUUUUAUGGCUCAGUACUGGUCAUGUAUGGGAGUCCAACAUCUGAACAUGAAGCUGGUAUGCAGAAAAUUGUGACUCUGUUUUAUUCUGUCUUGACUCCACUUCUUAACCCUGUAAUAUACAGUCUUAGGAAUAAAGAUAUGAAAAGAGCCCUGCAAAAAUGUCUGGGAAUUACAUUGACA